GAAACCUGAAUAAGAAUUUAAGUCAAACCAUUAAAAUUGCCUGCAGCUGAACCUGAAAAAACGUCACUCCGUUUGGUUUUAAUCUUGCAUCUGAUUGGUUUAGAGGGUGAAGUUUUCUGGACCAAUCACAAAGCGAGGUAAUAUAAAAGCGCUAUAAUCCCGGAUCACUUUCAAUAUUGUGAACUUGCUCUGUUAGAGUCUACACACCACGUCAACACUCAUAAAUUGGCUGGAAUACCGAGACAGAUUUUCAAUUGUCCAGAGUUUUCGUUAGUGUUGCUUCUUCUUUAGCGCCGUCGCCCCCGGUGAGGAAAAGUCUAGAACUUUCGCCUGUUUCGAUUCAAACAGCAUUCUUUAAGUAAACAGACCACCGUCUUGAGGAGAGGAAAAAAGAUGAGGUGCAAUGAUAUCGUUCUCUUUAUUGUCGUUUUACGCUCCACAGUUUUCAUGGUGAACGGAGCACUGGAAGUGAAUGAAACUCGCCUUCACAAGGAGUUAUUCAAAGGAUAUAACAAGCAUGCACACCCCAGACUACCAGGGACAGGUCCGGUAGUGGUCACUUUUGAUUUUCAACUUAUUCGGAUCCUUGAUGUGAGUGCAAGAAGUCAGUACAUCACCACGUAUGCAUGGGUGAAUCAGUAUUGGGAGAACCGUUUGCUAAAAUGGGAUCCAAAAGAAUAUGGAGGAGUGGAGGAAAUUCAUGUGUCUCCAAGCGACAUCUGGGUGCCUGACACACUAUUAUACAACAAUAUAGACGAAGAGGAGCGAAUGGGAGGCGGUAGGACGACUUAUACCACUAACGUAGAACUGCGAUAUGAUGGCAAAAACACGUGGCUAAACCCCGCCAUGUUUAAAAGCAUCUGUAGCGUGGAUGUCACAAACUUUCCUUUCGACGAUCAAGAAUGUCGAUUAAAAUUCGGUUCUUGGGCCUUCGAUAGAGCAAAGAUAGAUUUGGCCGUAAAAAACGGCAGCACCCUGAACACAUACUACAUCAAAAAUGGUGAAUGGAAAAUGCUGAACCUGACCGCGAAGAGAAAUGCUCUCAAGUAUCAAUGCUGCCCUCACGAAUUUGUGGACAUAACAGUGAGUGUGAAAAUCCGACGAGAAUCAUUGGACUACAUUCUAAAGUUGAUUAUUCCAUGCUCGCUGAUUUCUUCCAUGAUAUUUUUGGGUUUUGUUCUUCCACCUGAGUCAGGCGAACGUAUUGGACUGAGUAUCACAGUUCUGCUCGCAAUGACUGUGUUUCAGCAACUCAGCUCCGAGCUCAUGCCUUCGUACGGCUUUCCACUCCUGGGACAGUUCUAUUUCGCAAUCAUGUUGGAAAUAGGUCUUUCCUUGGCUGUAACUACGCUUAUUUUAAAUUUUUACCAUCGCAACAGGCGUCGAAUGCCUAAGACUAUGAGAAAAGUGAUUCUUCAAUGUCUAGCGCGCGUGCUGUUUCCAUGUCAAAAACCAAAGAACUGGAACGAAAUCCAUCGAAAAAGCGUUCUUCGACGAAGACUUGAAAACAGCAAUGCUCUGGAUGCUGAGAGGGGGGUAUCCUGCAGUGACUCAGAGUUUUGCGAAGAAGAUGUAUACGAACAAGAAAAGAGCACGAGACGCGAUCAGAAUUUGACCACGUGGGUCGUGCAAGAGUCUGGCACCAUUUGCACGCUUUCUCCGAACGGUACCGCAAACGGGGAUCACUCGUUCUUGAAUCUCGCAGCGUCGCCACAAAACACUCACACCAAAACUGUCGGGUUCUCAAAGGACUGCUUCAAAAAGCUUAAGAGGAACAACAGUUUUCGUUCUCGGGAUACAAAUUCCGGCCGGGCGGGAAAGAAGCGGUCUUCAUCAGCGACACGUAGCAGGCCGCGACAAGUCGACUCGCAGUUUCUUACAGGCAAUGUACUUGACUGGACCGAAGAGAAGAUUAAAAACCAAAAGGAAUGGAUCAAGGCAGCGCGUGUGCUGGACAGGCUGUUUUUGAUCAUCUCCAUCUUCUCCUUUAUUGCCACGUUACUGACAAUCUUCCUGCGGGCUCCAAGGUUCCGUCUUUCUCAAUAAGAAAGCAUCAACUCAGCCUUUUGAAAACCGUGACAACGUGUUCGGAAAAAGGAACUUUGUCCCGUGUUGGGCGUGAAGUAUUACUUCACCCUGGGUCAACGCGAAGAAAGAGGGAGUUAUACUUUUAUAAAAUGCAUGACAGGUAACUGAGCGUAGAGAUUGGAGCUGAUCUAUUUUCACUUGCUUGCUCGUAUCAUUCCUUGCAUUAAAUUUUUACCCCUUAGCUACAAAUGUACCUUCAAACACUUUUUAAA